UCCUGACUUCGUGGAAGCUGGACUCGGAGACUGUACAGUAAAAUCAACGAGACAAGCAGAGAUAAAGGAAGAAAAUUUGGAGCUCAAGGGAAGCAUAUUCGCCAUUUGAUUUUCAUCGGAAAACCUCAAUAUAGCUGGUUCCAAAUUAAAGAUCUGAUACGAGAGUCCUAAUUUUUUUUUUCCGCUCGGAGAGAUCCAACUCUCCCGUGAUCUCUCUACUUCCCUAAACGUUCAUGGCGCAUCGAAGUGCUAAGCUGUUGUUCUUUUUAUGUGCUUUCUGCUAUUUCCUCAAUGCCAUUGCCGGAAAGACCUAUUACGAUAUACUUCAAGUGCCGAAGGGCGCGUCGGACGAGCAGAUAAAGAGGGCGUAUAGGAAGCUGGCGUUGAAGUACCAUCCCGAUAAAAAUCCAGGAAAUGAAGAAGCUAAUAAGAGAUUUGCUGAGAUCAACAAUGCUUAUGAAGUAUUGUCGGAUGGCGAGAAGCGAAAAAUCUAUGACAGGUACGGUGAAGAGGGUCUGAAACAGCAUGCUGCUAGUGGAGGCAGAGGAGGUGGAAUGGGGAUGAACAUCCAAGACAUAUUUAGCUCUUUCUUUGGUGGAGGUUCAAUGGAGGAGGAAGAAGAGAAAAUUCCGAAAGGUGAUGAUGUCAUUAUCGAAUUGGAUGCAUCUCUGGAAGAUUUGUACAUGGGAGGUACAUUGAAAGUUUGGAGGGAGAAGAACGUUUUAAAGCCAGCACCUGGAAAGAGACGCUGUAACUGCAGAAAUGAGGUUUACCACAGACAAAUUGGUCCUGGGAUGUUUCAACAGAUGACAGAGCAGGUUUGUGAGCAAUGUCCCAAUGUCAAAUAUGAAAGGGAGGGGUAUUUCAUCACUGUUGAUAUCGAGAAAGGCAUGCAAGAUGGAGAGGAGGUUCUGUUUUAUGAAGAUGGUGAGCCCAAAGUGGACGGUGAAGCGGGGGAUUUGAGGUUUCGCAUCCGGACAGCACCUCAUGACCUCUUUAGAAGGGAGGGCAAUGACUUGCACACCACUGUUACUAUAAGUCUGGUUCAAGCGCUUGUUGGUUUUGAGAAGACCAUUAAACACCUGGAUGAACAUCUGGUGGACAUCGGUUCAAAGGGAAUUACAAAGCCCAAGGAAGUUAGGAAGUUCAAAGGGGAGGGCAUGCCGUUGCAUAUGAGCAACAAGAAAGGGGAUCUGUACGUAACUUUUGAGGUUCUUUUCCCCAGGACCCUGACAGAGGAGCAGAAAACACAGAUAAAAUCAGUUCUGGGUUAGUGCCCAAAGCCCAGGUUAAAUAGUCCAACAUGUCCUCAACCUAACAUUAUUAGGUUCUCAGAGAAUGAAAGCCACGGGAUUCCCCUUUUUUGUUAGUUGAAAAAUAGGUGUAUAUUUUUCCAUUUUAAUCAAUGCGCUUGUUGAAACCCUUGCCUUCCUGAGUCGUGGCAUAUUUGUGUCAUCUUUCCCUUUACCAGGGAGCAAGGAAUAUGUAACGCAGAUUAAAAUAUCUUAUCCUUGAAGUCGUCUUUCAAGUCCGAAAUCAUUUACGUGUGAAUAACACAUUCUUGUCAGACUCUCAUUUUAUAUUUUGGGAAACAUCUCGCCCAUUUCAAUUUCCCCCUGAUU